CAGCAAAAUGGGGAUCUCCAGAGUCAUCCUUCAAAUGUGCCUAUUUGGUCAAGUUCUAUCUUCAGUUUUUGUAACACCGACAAGAGAAGACAGCUCGGAAACCACUUUUGGAAAGACACACGUGUCAACUGUUUUCUUUACACGUCUUUGGGAAGCGUCGAAUGCCUCUGCUUCAGCCGAUGCGUCAAGUGGUCAGUGGACCGCCCGGACUACAGACUAUGGUUUGCCUGUGCGACUGGUGAAUGGAAGUGACCGGUGUCAGGGCCGGGUGGAGCUCCUGUACCAAGGCUCCUGGGGGACCGUGUGUGACGACAACUGGGACAUCCAGGACGCGGAGGUCGUCUGUCGGCAGCUUGGCUGUGGCCAAGCGGUGUCGGCCCCAGGGGAGGCCUUCUUUGGCCAGGGCUCCGGGAACAUCCUCUUGGGCACGGUGGACUGCUCAGGACGGGAGUCCUCCCUGUCCAGCUGCCCCAACGGUGGCUGGAACCGCCACGAAUGUAGACACAGGGAAGACGCGGGAGUCGUGUGCUCAGCUUCUGUGCUUUCCACUGAGGGACCCCAGACGACGACUGUAGAAGACACAUGGUCAACCACUUCCACACCCUGGGCACCAGGAAGCACAGACUCAGGGUUCCGGACAGAAGGCGGUUUGGACGUGAGGCUGGUGAACGGCGGUGAACGGUGUCAGGGCCGGGUGGAGGUUCUCUACCGAGGCUCCUGGGGGACCGUGUGUGAUGACGACUGGGACAUCAAUGACGCCAACGUCGUGUGCAGGCAGCUGGGCUGUGGCUGGGCUAUGUCUGCUCCGGGAAGUGCCCGGUUCGGUCAGGGCUCGGGGCCCAUUGUCCUGGACAAUGUGCGCUGCUCAGGGCACGAGUCCUACCUGUGGAGCUGCCCGCACCAAGGCUGGAACUCCCACAACUGCAACCAUGGGGAGGACGCUGGUGUCAUCUGCUCAGCCACUCAGUCCCAUUCGACGGCAUGGCCUGACACAUGGCCAAGCACUGCCACACCCUGGGCACCAGGAAGCACAGACUCAGGGUUGGGAACAGAAGGUGGUUUGGACCUGAGGCUGGUGAACGGCGGUGACCGGUGUCAAGGCCGGGUGGAGGUUCUCUACCGAGGCUCCUGGGGGACCGUGUGUGACGACGACUGGGACCUCAAUGAUGCCAACGUGGUGUGCAGGCAGCUGGGCUGUGGCUGGGCCAGGUCAGCUCCGGGAAGUGCCCGGUUUGGUCAGGGCUCGGGACCCAUUGUCCUGGACGAUGUGCGCUGCUCAGGCCACGAGUCCUACCUGUGGAGCUGCCCGCACCGAGGCUGGAACUCGCACAACUGCAACCACGGGGAGGACGCUGGUGUGAUCUGCUCAGCCGCUCAGUCCCAUUCGACGGCAUGGCCUGACACAUGGCCAAGCACUGCCACACCCUGGGCACCAGGAAGCACAGACUCAGGGUUCGGGACAGAAGGCGCUUUGGACCUGAGGCUGGUGAACGGCGGUGAACGGUGUCAAGGCCGGGUGGAGGUUCUCUACCGAGGCUCCUGGGGGACCGUGUGUGACGACGACUGGGACCUCAAUGAUGCCAACGUGGUGUGCAGGCAGCUGGGCUGUGGCUGGGCCACGUCAGCUCCGGGAAGUGCCCGGUUCGGUCAGGGCUCGGGGCCCAUUGUCCUGGACGACGUGCGCUGCUCAGGGUAUGAGUCCUACCUGUGGAGUUGCCCUCACCGAGGCUGGAACUCGCACAACUGCAACCACGGGGAGGACGCUGGUGUGAUCUGCUCAGCCGCUCAGUCCCAUUCGACGGCAUGGCCUGACACAUGGCCAAGAACUUCCAUGCCCUGGACACCAGGAAGCACAGACUCAGGGUUUGGGACAGAAGGUGGUUUGGACCUGAGGCUGGUGAACGGCGGUGAACGGUGUCAGGGCCGGGUGGAGGUUCUCUACCGAGGCUCCUGGGGGACCGUGUGUGAUGACGACUGGGACCUCAAUGACGCCAACGUGGUGUGCAGGCAGCUGGGCUGUGGCUCGGCCACGUCAGCUCCAGGAAGUGCCCGGUUCGGUCAGGGCUCGGGUCCCAUUGUCCUGGACGACGUGCGAUGCUCAGGGUAUGAGUCCUACCUGUGGAGCUGCCCGCACCGAGGCUGGAACUCGCACAAUUGCAACCACGGGGAGGACGCUGGCGUCAUCUGCUCAGCCGCUCAGUCCCAUUCGACGGCAUGGCCUGACACAUGGCCAAGAACUUCCAUGCCCUGGACACCAGGAAGCACAGACUCAGGGUUGGGAACAGAAGGUGGUUUGGACCUGAGGCUGGUGAACGGCGGUGACCGGUGUCAAGGCCGGGUGGAGGUUCUCUACCGAGGCUCCUGGGGGACCGUGUGUGACGACGACUGGGACCUCCAUGACGCCAACGUGGUGUGCAGGCAGCUGGGCUGUGGCUGGGCCACGUCAGCUCCGGGAAUUGCCCGGUUUGGUCAGGGCUCGGGACCCAUUGUCCUGGACGAUGUGCGCUGCUCAGGCCACGAGUCCUACCUGUGGAGCUGCCCGCACCGAGGCUGGAACUCGCACAACUGCAACCACGGGGAGGACGCUGGUGUGAUCUGCUCAGCCGCUCAGUCCCAUUCGACGGCAUGGCCUGACACAUGGCCAAGCACUGCCACACCCUGGGCACCAGGAAGCACAGACUCAGGGUUCGGGACAGAAGGCGCUUUGGACCUGAGGCUGGUGAACGGCGGUGAACGGUGUCAAGGCCGGGUGGAGGUUCUCUACCGAGGCUCCUGGGGGACCGUGUGUGACGACGACUGGGACCUCAAUGAUGCCAACGUGGUGUGCAGGCAGCUGGGCUGUGGCUGGGCCACGUCAGCUCCGGGAAGUGCCCGGUUCGGUCAGGGCUCGGGGCCCAUUGUCCUGGACGACGUGCGCUGCUCAGGGUACGAGUCCUACCUGUGGAGUUGCCCUCACCGAGGCUGGAACUCGCACAACUGCAACCACGGGGAGGACGCUGGUGUGAUCUGCUCAGCCGCUCAGUCCCAUUCGACGGCAUGGCCUGACACAUGGCCAAGAACUUCCAUGCCCUGGACACCAGGAAGCACAGACUCAGGGUUUGGGACAGAAGGCGCUUUGGACCUGAGGCUGGUGAACGGCGGUGACCGGUGUCAGGGCCGGGUGGAGGUUCUCUACCGAGGCUCCUGGGGGACCGUGUGUGACGACGACUGGGACCUCAAUGAUGCCAACGUGGUGUGCAGGCAGCUGGGCUGUGGCUGGGCCACGUCAGCUCCGGGAAGUGCCCGGUUCGGUCAGGGCUCGGGUCCCAUUGUCCUGGAUGAUGUGCGCUGCUCAGGGUACGAGUCCUACCUGUGGAGCUGCCCGCACCGAGGCUGGAACUCGCACAACUGCAACCACGGGGAGGACGCUGGUGUGAUCUGCUCAGCCGCUCAGUCCCAUUCGACGGCAUGGCCUGACACAUGGCCAAGCACUGCCACACCCUGGGCACCAGGAAGCACAGACUCAGGGUUCGGGACAGAAGGCGCUUUGGACCUGAGGCUGGUGAACGGCGGUGAACGGUGUCAAGGCCGGGUGGAGGUUCUCUACCGAGGCUCCUGGGGGACCGUGUGUGACGACGACUGGGACCUCAAUGAUGCCAACGUGGUGUGCAGGCAGCUGGGCUGUGGCUGGGCCACGUCAGCUCCGGGAAGUGCCCGGUUCGGUCAGGGCUCGGGGCCCAUUGUCCUGGACGACGUGCGCUGCUCAGGGUACGAGUCCUACCUGUGGAGUUGCCCUCACCGAGGCUGGAACUCGCACAACUGCAACCACGGGGAGGACGCUGGUGUGAUCUGCUCAGCCGCUCAGUCCCAUUCGACGGCAUGGCCUGACACAUGGCCAAGAACUUCCAUGCCCUGGACACCAGGAAGCACAGACUCAGGGUUUGGGACAGAAGGCGCUUUGGACCUGAGGCUGGUGAACGGCGGUGACCGGUGUCAGGGCCGGGUGGAGGUUCUCUACCGAGGCUCCUGGGGGACCGUGUGUGACGACGACUGGGACCUCAAUGAUGCCAACGUGGUGUGCAGGCAGCUGGGCUGUGGCUGGGCCACGUCAGCUCCGGGAAGUGCCCGGUUCGGUCAGGGCUCGGGUCCCAUUGUCCUGGAUGAUGUGCGCUGCUCAGGGUACGAGUCCUACCUGUGGAGCUGCCCGCACCGAGGCUGGAACUCGCACAACUGCAACCACGGGGAGGACGCUGGUGUGAUCUGCUCAGCCGCUGAGUCCCUUUCAACACCGUGGCCAGGCACAUGGCCAAACACUGCCCCGGCCUCAGCUCCAGGAGGCACAGACUCAGGGAAUGGGACAGAAGGCGGUUUGGACCUGAGGCUGGUGAACGGCGGUGACCGGUGUCAGGGCCGGGUGGAGGUUCUCUACCGAGGCUCCUGGGGGACCGUGUGUGACGACGACUGGGACCUCAAUGAUGCCAACGUGGUGUGCAGGCAGCUGGGCUGUGGCUGGGCCACAUCUGCUCCAGGAAGUGCCCGGUUCGGUCAGGGCUCGGGGCCCAUUCUCCUGGACGACGUGCGCUGCUCAGGGUACGAGUCCUACCUGUGGAGCUGCCCGCACCGAGGCUGGAACUCGCACAACUGCAACCAUGGGGAGGACGCUGGCGUCAUCUGCUCAGCUGCCGGGUACCAGUCCACAGUCACACCAGAUUGGUGGUACACGAGUCCUUCCUACGGACCCAGUUCCAGUUUGGCCCUGAGGCUGGUGAAUGGAAGUGAUCAGUGUCAAGGUCGGGUGGAGGUUCUCUACCAAGGCUCCUGGGGGACCGUGUGUGACGACGACUGGGACCUCAACGAUGCCAACGUGGUGUGCAGGCAGCUGGGCUGUGGCUGGGCCACAUGGGCCCCUGGAAAUGCCCAGUUCGGUCAGGGCUCGGGGCCUAUUGUCCUUGACAAUGUGCGCUGCUCAGGGCACGAGUCCUACCUGUGGAAUUGUCCCCACAAUGGCUGGAACGUACACAACUGUGGACAUUACGAGGAUGCAGGUGUCAUCUGCUCAGCUUCACAAAGCAAUCAGACUACCCCAGGUUGGUGGCAGCCAACCUCGGCAACCACUGAGGCUCCUUCCCACAUUGUCACCAGUCCAACCUCAGCAAAUUAUUCCUGUGGAGGCUUCCUGUCCCAGCCAUCAGGACGCUUCUCCAGCCCUUUCUAUCCCGGGAACUACCCGAACAACGCCCGGUGUGUGUGGGAUAUCGAGGUCCAGAAUAAUGACUACGUGACCGUUGUCUUCAGAGACGUGCAGCUCGAGGGGAACUGUAACUACGAUUACAUCGAAGUGUUCGAUGGCCCCUACCACAGCUCCCCUGUCAUGGCCCGGCUUUGUCACGGGGCAAGGGACGCCUUCACUUCAUCAUCCAACUUCAUGUCCAUCCGCUUUGUCAGCGAUGGCAGCGUCACCAGGAGGGGGUUCCAGGCUGACUACUACUCUAGUCCCUCCAACCACAGCACCAAGCUGCUUUGUCUGUCGAAUGAAAUGCAAGUCAAUGUGAGCAGGCGCUACCUGGAAUCCCUGGGCUAUUCUGCCAGUGACCUUGUCAUUCCCAGCUGGAACGGAGUCUACCAGUGUAGGCCCCAUAUAACAUCAAGCCAGGUGACCUUCACAAUUCCCCACUCAGGCUGUGGCACCACCCAGCAGGUUGACAGUGACACCAUCACCUAUUCCAACGUCAUCAGGGCAGCUGCUUCAAGAGGCAUCAUCAAGAGGACCAAGGACAUCCACAUUCACGUCAGCUGCAAAAUGCUCCAGAGUACUUGGGUGGACACAAUGUACAUCAUUAACAACAGCAUUGACAUCCAGGAAGUGCAGUAUGGCAAUUAUGACGUGAACAUUUCCUUUUAUACAUCCCCUUCAUUCUUACAUCCUGUCACCAGCGGCCAGUACUAUGUGGACUUGAACCAGAGUUUGUACCUUCAGGCUGAAAUCCUUCAUGCCAACACCUCUUUGGCUUUGUUCGUGGAUACCUGUGUGGCAUCUCCAAAUCCCAAUGACUUUACAUCUUUGACUUACUAUCUAAUCCGGAGUGGGUGUGUGAAGGACGAGACCUACCAAUCCUACACUCAGCCAUCGCCGCACAUCGUCCGCUUCAAAUUCAGCUCCUUCCACAUCCUGGACCGCUUCCCCUCUGUGUACCUGCGGUGUAAGAUGGUGGUGUGCAGGGCCUACGACUACUCCUCCCGCUGCCACAGAGGCUGCGUGAUGAGGUCAAAGAGGGACGUGGGCUCCUACCAGGAGAAGGUGGAUGUCACCCUGGGACCCAUCCAGCUGCGGCCCCUGCACACUGAGGAGAGGACCCUGGGGGCACCACAAUAGGGGGGGUCUGGAUACUGCUUGCCCCUACAAAUGGUGGCUCUGCGACGUGAUAUCAGAGGAAUGAAGGCUCAGGACAAUACUCAGACCUGGGCCCCAAGAGCACAGACAAACAAGCCAGAAACAUGUGCCUUGAGCAUGGCACCCAACAGCACCCCAACUCUGUUUACUAUGGCCCAGGCUUAUGGUGGAUGGGGGUGGGAAAAGUCAGGGGCAGCUUUUCCUAAAACCGGUCUCAGUGCUGGGUCUGAAUGUCGGGCCAGCAGCUGCUGCAUCUAAAACCCUGCGUGUGACUGUGUGCCAAACGCUCACAGGUGCAGAGCUCCCUCUAGAGAAUUACUGUUCUGACCUUUUAGAAACUCACUUCUUAGCCCUGUAGUGUGUGUACAUCUUAACCUCUCAAUUUAUAGGAGAAGCCGAAUAAAGAAUUGAUUUCAAGCAA